UUUCUGCAGUUUUUCGCUUACUAGUAAACAAAUAUGACUAUUGACACCAUCAACGAGCACCCGCACCCGCACUCUUCAACCACGCCUGCUCCCACCAGAAGCCUUGGGCGUACGUGGGAGGAUGUCCAUGCUGAAGUUCGAAACUCUAUUGUGGCAAUCAGUAUCAUCCGUCCAUUUGGGUUUGGGGCCGUUGGACCAACAUGCUCAUGUGCUACUGGGUUUGUAGUCGAUAGCGACCAGGGGAUCAUUCUCUCGAACAGGCACGUCCUUGAAUUUGGCCCAGGAAUCCACAAAGCCACGUUCGACACGAAUGAGUUCGUUUACCUCCAGCCAGUUCACUACGACCCAAUCCACGAUUUUGCCUUCUUCCGCUACGACCCUGCGGCAUUGAAGUACACCCAGCCGAAGGCAAUUAGGCUGUUCCCUGCAGGUGCAAGGCCAGGUGUUCCUUUCCAAAUUAUCGGCAAUUCUGCUGGAGAGAAGAUGACAGUUUGCGCGGGCACUCUGUCCCAGAUCAACCGGAAUACGCCUAAUGUGGGUGACAAUCGAGAUUCAAACACAUUUUACUAUCAAGCCUCCACCACUUCGGCUGGAGGCUCUUCGGGUUCACCAUUGCUGGAUAUCAACGGAGCUGCAAUUGCAAUCAAGGCGGCUAAGAACGUCAAUGACGGUGGAAGCUUCUUCUUGCCGCUUGAGCGGGUUGUGUAUUCACUCGAGUACAUGAGGCGUGGCGAGCGCGCCCCCCGCGGAACUAUCCAGGCGGUGUUUGUAUUCGAGACGUAUCAGGAAGUGCAGCGCCUGGGGCUGGCAGAGCAGGAAAUCGAGGAGUCUCGCCUGGCUAACCCAAAGUCCGAGGGCAUGAUAGUUGUUGACAAGAUUCUGCACAAGGGCCCAGCGUACGGGGCUCUCGAAGUCGGCGACAUUGUCAUCAGUAUGGAUGGCAAGCCUAUCUGCGAUUUCGUUGGUUUGGAGUCAGUGCUGGAUGCCAAUAUUGGCUGCACUGUUGAUUUCGUCGUUUGGCGCAAGGGCAGGUCUGUUCCUGUCUCGGUUCGAGUGCAGGACAUGUAUGACGUCUCACCUACCCAGCUCCUUUCUCUUGGGCAUGCUACGCUCCAUGAUAUGUCCCUGAUGCUGGCCAACAGAUAUUCUCUAGAGGUUAAGGGCGUAUAUAUUGCAACCAUGUCUGAGGAGUUUCUACCUGCGACCAUCUUUAAGGAGCAUCGCAUCAUCAUGUCUGUGAACGGUAUACCUACCCCGGAUCUCACAGCGCUUCUGAGUAUAUUCCGUACCAUCCAAGUCGGUCAGUCCAUGGUUAUCAAGGCUAUUGGUCAUAUUAAUGGUAACGAUCAUAUUAUUACCAUCGCUACGCUUCCAGGGGAUUCUGGGCCGUUUAGAGUGCUCACGCGAGAUAUAGAGAGCGGAUUUUGGUCUGAAGAGCGGAUCGAGAUGUGCAGUGGUGCUAUUCGAGGCGAUUUGCAAGACAUGGGCGGCAGUAUUCCUCAUCUCGGCUUCACUGACGGUCAUCUUGUGGAUGGUCACUCUAAUUUGGACCGGGUUUGGCAGAGUAUCGUUCAUAUCACAAGCAGUCGUGAUGGCAGCAUGGAUGAGACAUGUGAGGGAACUGUAGACGGAAAUGGGGUUGUCCUUGACAGGUCAAACGGAAUUGUUGUAUGCAGUGCUGCAGUGUUCACUGGAUCAGCAUCCAACAUCUCAAUUACCAUCCGCAACACUUUCCAGACCGCAGCAACUAUAGUGUAUAUUCACCCGUUGUAUCCACUGAUCUUCCUCAAGUAUGACCCUUCUGAUCUCGGCCCCGCUGGAAAUGGCUUGGUGAGCGACCUCCCUGUCGACAGCAACUACUGGGGAGGCGAGGCCUGUCUUACUGUCGGCCAAGAUGUUGUUCUCGUUGGCGCCAACAAAAAUGGAUCCCCGUAUUUCACAAAGACACACAUCAGCGAUCGGUACCUCUACGACGGCACUAAGCACUGCAAGAAGCACUAUUCUCCAUCACACUUCAAUGUGGAUCUUGUCAGCCUUGCCACAGCUCGCGAUUCAGAGAGUAUGGCGGGUGUAUUAUGCAGUGCUGAUGGCUAUGCUCUAGGGCUUUGGAUUCAUUUGCCUCUCUGCGGCAACAGGCACAAUCCUGAUCCAUUAGUUGGGCUAGAUGUCUCGCAUCUCCGCGAGAUUACCAAGGCGUUAAGGUCGAGCAACGAGUACCCGGAUAUUGUGAGAACGCUGAACGCAAAGUUUGCCAAGGUCCGACUCUCGACAGCCUGCAAGUUUGGACUCACCAGCAGAUGGGUUGAGAAAUUUGCUGCCAGCCCAGCCUGUGGAAAUUGCUUGUUCCAGGUUCACCAAAUCGACAUCAAGAGCGCGGUGAAAUCUCCCGGAGUUGAGGUCGGCGAUAUUAUCUUGUCUAUUGACGGCAAGCUAGUGAGUAGAAUCGACGAUAUUGCCACGAUAUACGGAAAGGAUGCAGUCGAUCUUGUUAUAUUGCGCCAGGGCCAGGAGGUUGCAAUCACUGUCAGAACAGUCCCUCCCCACGAGACCAACACCCGUCGCGUUCUAAGAUGGUCUGGACUUACCAUUCAGGAGCCCUAUGUCAGCAUAUAUCGAUAUGCACACUCUGUUCCCUCCAAGUGUCUUAUCUAUGGAAUCGCUGCUGGGUCCCCAGCCCGCUGGAUGAAAAACUGGCCUGCCUUCAUUACUGAGGUCAAUGACGAGAAAGUCGAGGAUAUGGACGAUCUGGUGAGAAUAAUUUGCCGGUUCAAGGGAAGCGACUCUGGCUUUAAUGCAGCAGUCGCAGCGGGUACUCUUGGCAGAAGUAUCACAUCACCACCGGGCUGUGAUGUGAAGUUCCGUUUGGUUGACACCAAGGGAAUCGUUUAUGUGUACAAGUUCCGCACUGACGAUCACUAUCUCCAAGCUUGGCAGAGGGUUCGAGGAAAUAGCGUUGACGCCAAGUGGAGAUGGGAGGCAAUUUAAAUUGUUCCUGUAGAUUCUUGUCCACAGUUACCUGUUAAGUGCUCACGCUGCUUCAAAUUUUCAACCAUGAAAUGCACUUGCCUUAGCUGGUUGAUAAGAAUGUGCCACAUGUGGUUAACUGAUAUAUAAAGCAUACACCGCAGUAGUGAUACGUCCGACUAGUAAUCAAAAUGACUACAAAACAACUACAAAA